AUGGCAGACGACUCCAAGCCCGACGGGAGCACCGUGCAGGUGUUGCAGGACGUGGCCAACCGCCUGCGGAUCCACUCCAUCAGGGCCACGUGCGCGUCCAGCUCCGGCCACCCCACUUCGUGCUGCAGCGCCGCGGAGAUCAUGGCGGUGCUCUUCUUCCACACCAUGAAGUAUAAACGCACAGACCCGGAGCACCCCGACAACGACCGAUUCAUCCUCUCCAAGGGCCAUGCGGCCCCAAUCCUCUACGCGGCUUGGGCGGAGUUGGGCACCAUCGGCGAAUCGGACUUGCUGAGCUUGAGGAAAAUCCACUGUGACUUGGAGGGACAUCCAACCCCCAGGCUGUCGUUUGUGGAUGUGGCGACGGGAUCCCUGGGGCAAGGAUUAGGCGCCGCGUGCGGCAUGGCGUACACUGGCAAGUACUUCGACAAGGCCAGCUACCGGGUGUUCUGCCUCCUGGGGGAUGGCGAGUCCUCGGAAGGCUCCGUCUGGGAGGCUCUGGCCUUCGCUUCUCACUACAGUUUGGACAAUCUGGUGGCAGUCUUCGACGUGAACCGCUUGGGACAAAGUGGAGUCACGCCCCUUGAGCACUGCACAGACGUCUAUCAGAAUCGCUGUGAAGCCUUUGGGUGGAAUACGUACUUAGUGGAUGGUCAUGAUGUGGGGGCGUUAUGCCAAGCGUUCUGGCGAGCAGCUCAGGUGAAGAGCAAGCCCACGGCCAUAGUAGCGAAGACCUUCAAGGGCCGAGGUAUUCCGAUUAUCGAGAAUGCAGAAGAUUGGCAUGGAAAGCCCGUGCCAAAAGAGAGAGUAGAUGCGAUCAUCAAACUAAUUGAGAGUCAGAUACAGACCAACAGGAAUCUCACGCCGAAACCUCCCGUGGAAGACUCACCUCCAGUCAAUGUCAGGAAUGUGAAAAUGACCUGUCUGCCUGAUUAUGUGGCUGGAGACAGGGUAGCUACUAGGAAAGCAUGCGGUUUGGCAUUGGCGAAACUGGGCCACGCAAAUGAAAGAGUUAUUGUCUUGGCUGGUGACACAAAAAUCUCCACCUUUUCCGAGAUAUUCAGUGAAGAACACCCUGAGCGUUUUAUUGAGUGUUUUAUCGCUGAACAAAACAUGGUGAGUGUGGCACUAGGCUGUGCCACCCGUGGUCGAACCAUUGCUUUUGUCAGUACCUUUGCUGCCUUUUUGACCCGAGCAUUUGAUCAGAUACGAAUGGGAGCCAUAUCUCAAACCAAUAUAAAUUUUAUUGGUUCCCACUGUGGGGUAUCCACUGGUGAAGAUGGGCCCUCCCAGAUGGCCCUGGAAGAUCUAGCCAUGUUCCGAAGCAUUCCCAAUUGUACUGUUUUCUAUCCAAGUGAUGCUAUCUCGACAGAGUAUGCUGUUUAUCUGGCUGCCAAUACCAAAGGGAUGUGCUUCAUUCGGACCAGCCAACCAGAAACCACAGUUAUUUACACCCCACAAGAAAACUUUGAGAUUGGACAGGCCAAGGUCAUCCGCCAGAGCGUUAAUGACAAAGUCACAGUUAUUGGAGCUGGAGUCACUCUGCAUGAAGCCUUAGCAGCUGCUGACAGUCUUUCUCAACAAGGUAUCUCUAUCCGUGUCAUUGACCCAUUUACCAUUAAACCCCUGGAUGCUGCCAACAUCAUCUCCAAUGCAAAAGCUACAGGUGGCCAGGUUAUCACAGUGGAGGAUCACUACCGGGAAGGUGGCAUUGGAGAAGCUGUAUGUACAGCUGUCUCUAGAGAGCCUGACAUCCUGGUUCAUCAGCUGGCAGUGUCAGAAGUGCCUCAAUGUGGGAAACCUAGUGAAUUACUGGAUAAAUUUGGAAUCAGUGCUAGACACAUCAUAGCAGCUGUGAAAAAUACUUUAAUGAACUAA